AUGGAUUCUGCACUGUGUCUCCAAUAUGGUGCUCUAUGUGUGCCUUCCCCCAUGAGAGUGACUAGGGUGCCGAGGCUCCUUCCCAAUUUCAACAACCCUUCUCCUCUCUCACUUUCUUCCUUGUGUUCCACACACCGUGCCGUGUCAGGGCAUGCCUUCGGCCCUGUGAUUUCUGCUCUUAACAAGCCCUCAACACCUUCAGCAAAUGACAAAGAUGAUAAAAAGUUAAUUGUGAGAGGCAUAGGCGGUGCCUCUGUGGUUUUGGCCUGUGUCCUUGGCAUCAUGAAUUGCAACUACAAGUUCACCCCAAGAGCUAUUGCAGGUGUUAGGGACCCAUACCAGACAAGUCGUUCUUCUGUAAAGCAAGACAUAUUGUAUCCGAAAAGCGCCAAGGACGUGUUACAAUCCUUGUUGAUGGUGAAUGAGAACGUUGCCUCAUCUAAAACCUCGAUUCUCCCAAAUUUUAAAAAUCUCAAGUCGCCUCCGGAGCCUUCCAUAAAAGAUUGUGAAGAUCUUACGAUUCAAGCAGCAGCGCUGAUCAAAGAUGGAAAGGGUGAUAGAGCAGAGAGACAACUUCGAGAUAUAUACAAUGACAUGGUGAAGGGAGGUAAAACGGAGUCUGCUUACAAUGUGCAGAUGGCACUGGUAGCAAUUCUCAUUUUCCAGGGGAAGUACCAAGAAGCUUUGAAAUGGAUUUGUCUCAACAAGGACCACGCUUUUUCAUCGGAUGGUCGGGUUCAUCUAUAUAAGGCAAUUAUAUAUACUAUGUUGGAAGAAAAUAAAGAAGCCAAGGAAUACUGGGAAACAUUCAUCGGCUCUCUUGACAAUGAGGGUUUGCCAAAUCCAAUGUCGUCGCCUUCAUAUGGGUCUACGCGUAAGCAUCACAGCGGUCGGACCAAGAUAUGA